GCUCCAUGGCUGGGCCGGGCGGAGCGGAACCCGCGAGGUGAAGCCCCCCGGGCCGGCGGCCGGAGCGCGUGGCGGGGGCGCCGGCUCCAUGGGCAGCAGCGCACAGCGGCACGAUGAUGGACGUUAACAGCAGCGGCCGCCCGGACCUCUAUGGGCACCUCCGCUCUUUGCUCCCGCCGGAGGUGGGGCGCGGGCUGCCGGACUUGAGCCCCGACGGCGCCGGCCCGGUCUCGGGCUCCUGGGCGCCGCACCUGCUGCGCGGGGUCCCAGAGGUGACGGCCAGCCCGGUGCCCACCUGGGACGCGCCGCCGGACAAUGCUUCUGGCUGCGGGGAGCAGAUCAACUACGGCAGAGCCGAGAAAGUUGUGAUCGGCUCCAUCCUGACGCUUAUCACGCUGCUGACGAUCGCCGGCAACUGCCUGGUGGUGAUCUCGGUGUGCUUCGUCAAGAAGCUCCGCCAGCCCUCCAACUACCUGAUCGUGUCCCUGGCGCUGGCCGACCUCUCGGUGGCCGUGGCGGUCAUGCCCUUCGUCAGCGUCACCGACCUCAUCGGGGGCAAGUGGAUCUUUGGCCACUUCUUCUGCAACGUCUUCAUCGCCAUGGACGUCAUGUGCUGCACGGCCUCGAUCAUGACCCUAUGCGUGAUCAGCAUCGACAGGUACCUUGGGAUCACGAGGCCGCUCACGUACCCUGUGAGGCAGAACGGGAAGUGCAUGGCGAAAAUGAUUCUCUCCGUCUGGCUGCUUUCGGCCUCCAUCACCUUACCCCCGCUCUUCGGGUGGGCUCAGAACGUAAACGACGACAAGGUGUGCUUGAUCAGCCAGGAUUUCGGCUACACCAUCUACUCCACGGCAGUGGCGUUUUAUAUCCCCAUGUCCGUCAUGCUGUUCAUGUACUACCAGAUCUACAAGGCCGCCAGGAAGAGCGCCGCCAAGCACAAGUUCCCCGGCUUCCCCCGGCCCGAGGAGCCGGACAGCAUCAUCUCCCUGAACGGCAUGGUGAAGCUCCAGAAGGAGGUGGAGGAGUGUGCCAACCUUUCGAGACUCCUCAAACACGAAAGGAAAAACAUCUCCAUCUUUAAGAGGGAGCAGAAAGCAGCCACCACCUUGGGGAUCAUCGUCGGGGCCUUCACCGUGUGCUGGCUGCCCUUUUUCCUCCUCUCCACGGCCAGACCCUUCAUCUGUGGCACGGCCUGCAGCUGCAUCCCGCUGUGGGUGGAGAGGACAUUUCUGUGGCUGGGCUAUGCAAACUCUCUCAUUAACCCUUUUAUAUAUGCCUUCUUCAACCGGGACCUGAGGACCACCUACCGCAGCCUACUCCAAUGUCAGUACCGGAACAUCAACCGCAAGCUGUCAGCUGCAGGCAUGCACGAGGCCCUGAAGCUCGCCGAGAGGCCCGAGAGACCCGAGUUUGUGCUGUAAGUACAUACCAGCUGGAUGACCCGAACAACUCAUAACUCUACUGGAGGCUCUGGAAGAAUGACUGGUGUCUAACCCAUAGCUCACAGCAAACCUUCGCAGGAUCCUUUGUCCCCCCGACAUGUCUCUCCAGCCGUUUCCUCCCUCUCUGGCUGCUUGGGUUCUAAUCUUGUUCACUUACGCCCCUAACUCUGCCUUCUUGGCUCUACUUUUCCCUCCUACAUAAUAGUUUUCUUUCUUUUCCAUGUAAAUGCUCUACUAGACCGUGUAUUUCUACUUCCAAAUAUCCACCCAUUUCUCCCCAUUUUCUUGAUCAGCAUAGUGAGAGACUCAGGAGUCCAACAGGUGUUUGGGUGGGCAGUAGAUAGAGAGAAAAGGCUAUGUAUGCUUCUCUGGUCAUUUUAAUUCAGUUCUAAUUUAUAACCUCUUUCACCUUUUCACAAGUACCCAAAUCUGGUAAUACAAAACCAAGUGUGAUAAUGUGAUAGAAGCAGGGAUUCUUGUGCUUUUCUUUUUAAUUUGACAGCAGCCUCAUUUAUGGAGUUGCUUUUGAUUGCCAUAAAUUGUUUUUAAGUGUCACACUGUGAUUUUCAUUCUUUGACACUGUUAUUGUGUACAAUAUAGAAAAGCAGUUUUGGGGGCACCUAGGUGGCUCAGUCGGUCAGGCGUCUGCCUUCGGCUCAGGUCAUGA